AUGUCUGAAAGGAAGAGAGUGCAAUGGGCUGUAAGUGGUUGGUUAUGCAAAAUUAUUAAUUCAUUAGGUAAUUUAUGCAUCAAACUUGGCCUACUGCCUGGAGUGUGUGUGAUGUAAAAACUCUGCUGUCUGUUUUCUUAUUUCAUACUUCAGCUCAGCUUGUGCAGAUAUCAACACAUCUGAAGAGGCCAAGGCCUAAGAUUGCAAAAGCCAGAGUGUUUUGUUUGCUACACGAAGAGGUAAGUACAAAUAUAUAA